UGUUUAAUAGCAUCAAAGUUUUCCGGACAUAUCUCUUUCAAGCUACACUGGAAUACUGGAAUACCAAUAAUUGUGAAAAUGUUUCGUCUAAAACGUUAUUUAUGUUUAUUAUUUUUUUCUAUAUUUGCUUGCACACUUGUGUUCAUUGGGAUAAAAAUGACCCAGAAAAAUGAAUUGAAAUCUAGAAUUUUUAAAAGUGAACAAAAAAAAUAUCCUCAAAAUCUUCAAGAUGUAAUCAGCCAGUCAGUUGCAAUUGCUAAAGAUAUCAUGAAAAAACAUAAUUUAGUUUUAUUUACUCUUAUUAACAAUGCUUAUUUACCUCUUGUCUAUAGUUGGUUGUGUAACACAGUUAAUAUGGGUAUCCAUGAGCAAAUUCUUUUUAUUACUACAGAUGCUAUAUCAAAACAAAAAUUUGAGAAAGAUUGGCCUGAUGUCAAAGUUGUUGUGUUGCCUGAGGCUUCCCUAAAUGGAAAUCAAGCUUAUAGUAAAGUUGGUUAUGUAAAACUAAUGGUGAAACGUACAGAAAUUUUAAAUUCUUUAUUGCAGAAUAAUAUUGAAAUUCUUUUAUUUGAAGUUGACUGUCUUUGGGUUUCUAAUCCUAUUGAUGAAUGCAAGAAAAUAGCAUUGGAAAAUUUACAAGAUCGUAAGAAGAAACAUGUUGUUAUUAUUAACAAUAACUGGAUAGUUGGAAAUGCAAAUAAGAUAAAGCGUGCCAAAAAAUUUGGACAUUGGUUUAUAGAUGAUUCAAUGAAAUGUAAUAUGAAUCAAGUUGACAGAGUAGUUAACCGUGGGUUGUAUGUGUAAUUUGUAUCAGGGUUAAAUAUAUUUUUUGGUUUCAACAUCACAAUUGUAUUCAUUUUUGGUUUCCUUCUAACAGAUUAUUUUCCUGGAUUGUAGAAUUUUCUGCUGCGUAUUUAAACUUGUUUCGUGUUGUGAAAGCUGGUUUCCAUCAGCUCAACAUUAGUACUCUGGCAAACCUGUAGUGUAUUUAUAUUUGAGAUUCAUUUAAUAAAUAAUUACAAAUACAUCAAUAUAUACUCAAAACGUAUACAAUAAGAAUUUUGUGUCGGAUAUUAAGCAGGCAUUCAGUAUGAAGUUUCUGAAGCCAAUGAAGAAGCUUCUCAGUAGGUACCAAAUAUUCUUCAAAUUUAACUUAGUGCCCUAGAAAUAAUGGAUAAAUUGAUCUGAGCAUCUCCACAUAAUAAGUAAAGAAAGCAAAAUGAAGUACAAACACCUAAAAUACUCAUGGCUAUUGCAGUACCACAGAAACAAAAGAACAAAUGAGUUGCAUAAACAAUACUUUGCAUUCAUUAUGGAUUAUACUCUUCUUGUUUAGGCCCACGAUCUUUUCAGCAGCUCUCAAUAAAUUACAAAAAAUACAAAGCACUGCA